CAAAAAGAAAACCCUUUUUUUCCUUCUUCUUGUCAUAUUUCUCUCUCGUAAAUCGUUUUCUGAGCUUCGUUCCUUCGUUCAUUCAUUCGUUUCUCGUGUGAAACUCAUGAAAGUGAAAGAAGAAGAAGAAGAGUGAAACGGCAUCGUUUAAGAGAAUUAUGGCGGGUUCUUCUUCUCCUUCUUCGAAGAGUCAUUAUCUGCAGCUACUGAAGGAGUUAGGAUCCAAGUUCGAUAUCAUCGUUCCUACUUCCAAAGACUCUCUCAUCAAACUCUUGAAGCAAGCAACCACAUACCUUGCUGAGUUGGAUCAGUCACCUUUGACUACAACAAGAGAUUCAAUGAAUCCCUUUUUUAAUGCAAUUGUUAAGCCAGAACUACUGAAACACCAAGAUAAGGAUGUCAAGCUUCUAGUUGCAACAUGUAUUUGUGAGAUAACUCGGAUCACUGCACCUGAAGCUCCUUACAAUGAUGAAAUUCUAAAGGAUACCUUUCGGUUGAUUGUGAGCACUUUUAGUGGUCUAAGUGAUACCAGCGGUCCAUCCUUUGGACGGAGAGUUGUUAUAUUGGAGACACUUGCAAAAUAUAGGUCGUGUGUUGUGAUGUUAGAUCUUGAAUGUGAUGAUCUGGUGAAUGAAAUGUUCAGUACUUUUGUUGCGGUUGCCAGAGAUGAUCAUCCAGAAAGUGUCUUGUCAUCCAUGCAAACUAUAAUGGUGGUUCUCUUAGAAGAGAGUGAGGAUGUUCACGGGGAUCUGUUGUCUAUCUUACUUUCUACAUUAGGCCGCGGAAACAAGGGUGUUACUAUGGCUGCAAAAAGACUUGCCAUGAAUGUCAUACAACAUUGUGUGGGAAAACUUGAAUCCAGCAUUAAACAACUUUUGCUAUCGUUAAUGUCUGGAGAUAGCAAGCUAGUGAACAGUCAAAUUGAAUACCAUGGAAUUAUCUAUGAUCUCUAUUGCUGUGCUCCUCAGAUCCUAUCUGGAGUUCUCCCUUAUGUGACAGGAGAGCUACUGACAGACCAAUUGGAAACCCGUUUGAAAGCAAUGAACUUGGUUGGCGAUAUGAUUUCUAUUCCUGGAACUUCCAUUCCUGAAGCAUUUCAGCCUAUAUUUUCAGAAUUCUUAAAGAGGUUGUCUGAUAGAGUUGUUGAGGUUCGCAUGUCUGCCAUUGAGCAUGUAAAGAACUGUCUGCUGUUGAAUCCUUUUAGAGCAGAAGCUUCUCAAAUAUUAUCUGCUCUUUGUGAACGGCUGCUGGAUUUUGAUGAAAAUGUUCGAAAGAAAGUUGUGGCUGUUAUAUGUGAUGUGGCAUGUCAUGCCCUAAAUGCAAUCCCACUUGAAACGGUGAAACUUGUUGCGGAACGGCUUCGUGAUAAAUCUCUACUUGUUAAAAAGUAUACUAUGGAAAGAUUGGCUGAAGUGCAUAGAGUUUUUUGCGAGAAUAGCUGUGAAACAGUCAAACUCAAUGAAUAUGACUGGAUUCCUGGGAAAAUUGUUAGAUGUUUCUAUGACAAAGAUUUCAGAUCUGAUAUAAUUGAAUCCGUUUUAUGUGGAUCCGUAUUUCCAGUAGAAUUUUCAACUAGUGAUAUUGUUAAACGUUGGGUUGAAAUUUUCUCUGGAUUUGAUAAAGUAGAGGUCAAGGCUCUUGAAAAGAUAUUGGAGCAGAAACAAAGGUUACAGCAAGAGAUGCAGAAGUAUCUGUCUCUGAGGCAGAAGCAUCAGGAUAAAGAUGUUCCUGAGGUCCAAAAGAAGAUUCGAUUCUGUUUCAAAGUAAUGUCCCAUUCGUUUGGUGACCCCAUAAAGGCCGAAGAGAAUUUCCAGUUUCUCGAACAGUUAACAGAUGCUAAUAUUUGGAAGAUUUUGGCAAAUCUUGUUGAUCCAAAUACUAGCCUCCAUCAAGCACGUGCCUAUCGGGAUGAUUUGCUUAAAAUACUUGGCGUGAAACAUCCUCUCUACGAAUUUCUGAAUACAUUCUCUAUGAAGUGCUCCUACCUGCUUUUCAACAAGGAGCAUGUAAAAGCAAUUCUUGAAGAAAUUGUAGCUCAAAAAUCUGCAGAGAAUGCUCAGCGUACACAGUCUUGUAUGGAUUUAUUGGUGAUAAUUGCCCGUUUCUGUCCAUUGGUUCUUAGUGGUAGUGAGGAGGAACUGGUGAAUCUACUGAAGGAUAAUAAUGAUAUUAUUAAAGUGGGUGUUCUGAAUGUUUUAGCUAAGGCUGGUGCUACUCUUCGUAAACAACUUUCAGCAACGGCAAGUUCGGUCGACCUUAUAUUGGAGAGGUUAUGUUUAGAAGGCAGUCGGAGACAGGCAAAAUAUGCUGUCCAUGCAUUGGCUGCAAUAACAAAGGAUGACGGCCUCAUGUCUCUUUCUGUUCUAUACAAGAAACUUGUAGAUAUGCUGGAAGAGAACACACAUCUUCCUGCAGUACUGCAGUCUCUGGGGUGUAUAGCGCAGAAUGCAAUACCUGUUUUUGAGACUAGAGAGAGUGAAAUUAAAGAAUUUAUAACAAACAAGAUUCUGAAAAGUGAUGGUAAAGAAGAUCACACUAGAACAUCUUGGGAUGAUAAAAGCGAUCUUUGCAUGUUGAAGAUAUAUGGCAUCAAAACCUUAGUAAAGAGCUACCUGCCUUUCAAAGAUGCUCAUGUUCGUCCUGAUAUUGACAGUCUUCUGGAUAUCCUUAGGAAUAUGCUAUCUUAUGGUGAAAUGUCAAAGGACCUGCAGUCAAGUCCAGUUGAUAAGGCCCAUUUGAAGCUUGCUUCUGCAAAGGCUGUUAUUCGGUUGUCAAGGCUUUGGGAUCAAUAUAUACCUGUUGAUCUUUUCCACUUAACUUUACGGGUAACUCAGACUAGCUUUCCUCAAGCUAAGAAGGUUCUUUUAAGCAAAGUUCACCAAUAUAUUAAAGACCGUGUUUUGGAUGCCAAAUAUGCAUGUGCCUUCUUAUUCAACAUAUUUGGAUCCAAGCCACAUGAAUUUGCAGAGGAUAAGCAUAAUAUGGCAGACAUUAUUCAAAUGUACUACCAGGCAAAGGCACGACAAAUUCCGGUGCAAUCAGAUGCAAAUUCCUUUCCCAUUUACCCGGAAUACAUCCUUCCAUACCUAGUCCAUGCACUUGCUCAUAACUCAUGUCCCAAUGUGGAGGAGUGCAAGGAUGUUGGAGCAUAUGAUAAUAUAUACCGGCAGCUGCACUUAAUACUGUCAAUAUUACUUCAAAGAGAUGAAGGUGCUAAGUCAGAAGAAACUACUAACAAAGAAAAGGAAAUUCUAUCUACUAUCAUUUCCAUCUUUCAGAGUAUAAAACUUUCCGAAGAUACAAUAGACACCUCAAAGACAAAGAAUUCUCAUGCAAUGUGCGACCUUGGGUUAGCAAUAACUAAAAAAUUAGUGCAGAAGGAUGUUGAUGUGCAAGAAUUGUCCCAUUUGUUGUCUCUACCUCCAAUGCUAUACAAAGCAUUUGAGAAGAAGGAAGGAAAUGGCACCGUGGUAAGUGAAGUGAAAAGCUGGCUUGUGGAUGAUAUCUCCUUGGCUCACUUGGAAUCUCUUGAGCUAGAGAUGGUUCAAUCCCAAUUAGUGGAGGAUGAAGCUUCAAAGGACAAUGAAGAAAAUGUAACUUUGGGAGUGAUGUUAAAGCAAAUCAAAUCUCAGGGAAUUUGUGGCAAAAAAGUGAAAAAGAUUAAGCCCGUGCCAUCUGAAACAGAAAAGGUUGAAAAUGAUUUUGCUAUCUUGAAUAUGGUCAGACAAGCUGACUUGGACAACGUGGGGUCAUCUACUAAUGUUGAAACAUGCAAUGGUCAUGAACAUUCUUUAAGUACGAAAACACCGAAGGUUCCAGAGCAUGCUACAGGUCGAAAAAGAAAAACUGAUGAAACAACACCUGCUCCAGUGUCUAAACGUAGUAGUUCUUCCUCUGCUCAUGGUAAACCAAGAUUAUCAACUACUACGUUAAAUGCAUCUCGAAGAGUUUCAGGAGAAAAUUCCCCAGAAGAAAAUUUAAGGUUGGAUGCAGAAAUUAACCCUGAUACAGAUAGCGAAACUAUGGAGAGAAUAAUGGUCAAAGACUUGUUAGUGUCCUCAUUAAAACAAAAAUUUAAGGGUUCUGAAAGCCAUCAUAAUGAUGAGUCGAAUAAACAUGAUGAUUAUGACAUGAAGAGUCCUGACGAUUUGGAACAAAAUGAAAAGACUCUAAGUAAUAAUUCCAAGUCACCUACAUGUUUUAGUAAAAAGACUAAAAGAAAACGUGUUGCAGGAUUGACAAAGUGUGCGAUGAAAAGAGGAGAAAUUGACAGUGAAGAUCUAAUUGGUUGCAGAAUUAAAAUUUGGUGGCCUACGGACAAGAAGUAUUAUGGAGGCACUAUCAAGUCUUAUGACUCUUUAAAAAGAAAGCAUGUGAUAUUAUACGAGGACGGGGAUGUAGAAAUACUCCGUUUGGAAAAGGAGCGCUGGGAGCUUUUGGACAAGGGUCGCAAAUCUACUAAGAAGAUAAAACGCUCUUCACUUGAAACUUCUGGGCACAAACUGAAAGGUUCAAGUGGCUCACCAAGUAAAAAGAAAAAAAAGAUAGUUAAUGGUAAACAAUCUCCAAGCAAGCCUGCAAAACCUAGAAAAAAGUAUGCAUCAAAAAGUGAUUUCUAUCAAGAGCAGGCCAAAGAGACUUCUGAGAUAUCAAAUCCUGAAGAGACCAUGAUCUCUAAAGCUGAUGAGACAGACUCAGGUGGUUCAGAAGAGGAACUGACAGCAGUGCACAAUGAAAUCACAAAAAAGGGGAAGAAAUCUAACAAGAAAGUAAGAUCAGUUCCCAGAGGAAAGCGGCUCAAGAAAACCAAGAACUUUCAUCAUAUUGAAGAAUCAGACGAUGAUAAGCGUGAUUAUAAUGAGAGGAUUUCUGAAGAUAGAGAGAGUGUCCCGCAAUAUAGCUCAGAAGAGAAGAAAGUGGAUGAAUCAUCUGAAAGGGAAAGUGUUCAUGGUGAAGAAGAAUCAGAGUCUGAAGGGGAACAAGAUAACAGCGAUGUGGGGGAUAGUCCUGGAGAAACGGAGAGAUCACAUAUUGAGCCAUCAAGUCCCGAUGAUGUCAGCAUCGCUGAGAUUUCUGACAACAUUCCUUUGAUCAAAUGGAAUUGUCGGAAGGGGAAGAAAAGCUCAGGGAAGGUGCGGUGAGCAGUUUAAGUUGAAGCUUGUUUUUUUGUCAAGAUAGUUGCAGAGGCGGUGCUGUGGAAAUACAGGUGUCGAUGUGAAUGAAGAUGACUGCUGAAUUGGGGAUCUGUAGUUAUGAACAUACUUAUAAAUAUGUUUUGCACAUCUUGUUGCAGUCACCCUGUAGAAUGUAAAAUUACACUGGUCAUUCCAUCGUUCAGAAAGGAAAGUUUGAAAGGUUUUAUAGGGGUGUGUUUAUGCUAAAUGACCUUUUGUUAGUACAGGUGAUAGGUUCAGCAUAUGAUUCAUUAAGGUGUUGACAUAGAUGAUAUAAUUGACCGGGACAAAAUCAACAAUGUGUACAGAUAUACGUGGGGAUAACUGCAUUCGUAUAUUUCACAUUUAUUUAUACCUCUUCAGUGUUAAAUGGAUGAAACUUUUAAGGACUGC